GGGCGGUUUUCCAAGUUGCUGGCUUUCGGCUGUCUCUUUAGGGCUGCCGCCUCCACCGACUGUCCAGAGGCCCCUUCCCCCGCGCGCCGCCCCCUAGACGCGAAGGCUUCCAGCAGGAGCGGCGGUCUCUCUCCUCUCCCCUCUUGCAGCGCACUCCGAGGUCUAAGGACUCUCCGCGCUUCUCCAUCAGGUGGAGCCGUCGGCUCCUCGCCGCCUCCCUCCUCCUCCCUCCCCGGGAGCGAACCGCGCGCAGGCCGCCUUGCAGCGCCAGGAGGCUAACCGAGCCCCCGGAGGAGCUUCAGUGAAAGGAGUCCUUCUGUCACUCGUCACUAGCUCGCUCGCUCACUGUGGGAGGAGCCCGCCUGAGGAAGCCGUGUGCCUGGGAUGCCAAGAGCCAGAGAAUGGAUCUGCUCCGAGUGGGGACAUUGCUGACAAUCCCGGCUUCCAGAGGCGGCUAAGAACAGGCAGUUUGUGUCGGCUGGCUGCAGAUACCCAGAGGCACAAAGAGACCGAAACCACCCGGAGGGACCCACGGACGGACAGAUGGUAGGCGCGAACCCGAGAGGACCGGCGGAGGCUGAGCACCGAGAGCCCCCAAGGAAGAGAAACUAACUGCACACCCAAGUUACCCCGCCGGCUUUCCUUCGCUGCGCUAAGGAAUGAAACCUUUCCAGCUCGAUCUGCUCUUCGUCUGCUUCUUCCUUUUCAGUCAAGAGCUGGGCCUCCAGAAGAGAGGAUGCUGUCUGGUGCUGGGCUACAUGGCCAAGGACAAGUUUCGGAGAAUGAAUGAAGGCCAAGUCUAUUCCUUCAGCCAGCAGCCCCAGGACCAGGUGGUGGUGUCGGGACAGCCAGUGACGCUACUUUGCGCCAUCCCCGAAUACGAUGGCUUCGUUCUGUGGAUCAAGGACGGCUUGGCUCUGGGUGUGGGCAGGGACCUCUCAAGUUACCCACAGUACCUGGUGGUAGGGAACCACCUGUCGGGGGAGCACCACCUGAAGAUCCUGCGGGCAGAGCUGCAAGACGAUGCGGUGUACGAGUGCCAGGCCAUCCAGGCCGCCAUCCGCUCCCGUCCCGCACGCCUCACAGUCCUGGUGCCGCCUGAUGACCCCGUCAUCCUGGGGGGCCCUGUGAUCAGCCUGCGUGCAGGGGACCCCCUCAACCUCACCUGCCAUGCAGACAAUGCCAAGCCUGCAGCCUCCAUCAUCUGGUUGCGAAAGGGAGAGGUCAUCAAUGGGGCCACCUACUCCAAGACCCUGCUUCGGGACGGCAAGAGGGAGAGCAUCGUCAGCACCCUCUUCAUCUCCCCUGGUGACGUGGAGAAUGGCCAGAGCAUUGUGUGUCGUGCCACCAACAAAGCCAUCCCCGGAGGAAAGGAGACGUCGGUCACCAUUGACAUCCAGCACCCCCCACUGGUCAACCUCUCGGUGGAGCCACAGCCAGUGCUGGAGGACAACAUCGUCACUUUCCACUGUUCUGCAAAGGCCAACCCAGCUGUCACCCAGUACAGGUGGGCCAAGCGGGGCCAGAUCAUCAAGGAGGCAUCUGGAGAGGUGUACAGGACCACAGUGGACUACACGUACUUCUCAGAGCCCGUCUCCUGCGAGGUGACCAACGCCCUCGGCAGCACCAACCUCAGCCGCACGGUUGACGUCUACUUUGGGCCCCGGAUGACCACAGAACCCCAGUCCUUGCUCGUGGAUCUGGGCUCUGAUGCCAUCUUCAGCUGCGCCUGGACCGGCAACCCAUCCCUGACCAUCGUCUGGAUGAAGCGGGGCUCUGGAGUGGUCCUGAGCAAUGAGAAGACCCUGAUCCUCAAAUCCGUGCGCCAGGAGGACGCGGGCAAGUACAUGUGCCGGGCUGUGGUGCCCCGUGUGGGAGCUGGGGAGAGAGAGGUGACCCUGACGGUCAACGGACCCCCCAUCAUCUCCAGCACCCAGACCCAGCACGCCCUCCACGGCGAGAAGGGCCAGAUCAAGUGCUUCAUCCGGAGCACACCGCCGCCGGACCGCAUCGCCUGGUCCUGGAAGGAGAAUGUUCUGGAGUCGGGGACAUCGGGGCGCUAUACGGUGGAGACCAUCAGCACCGAGGAGGGCGUCAUCUCCACCCUGAGCAUCAGCAACAUCGUGCGGGCCGACUUCCAGACCAUCUACAACUGCACGGCCUGGAACAGCUUCGGCUCCGACACCGAGAUCAUCCGGCUCAAGGAGCAAGGUUCGGAAAUGAAGUCGGGAGCCGGGCUGGAAGCAGAGUCUGUGCCGAUGGCCGUCAUCAUUGGGGUGGCCGUAGGAGCUGGCGUGGCCUUCCUCGUCCUUAUGGCAACCAUCGUGGCCUUCUGCUGUGCCCGUUCCCAGAGAAAUCUCAAAGGUGUCGUGUCAGCCAAAAAUGAUAUCCGAGUGGAAAUUGUCCACAAGGAACCGGCCUCUGGUCGGGAGGCUGAGGAGCACUCCACCAUCAAGCAGCUGAUGAUGGACCGAGGUGAAUUCCAGCAAGACUCAGUCCUGAAACAGCUGGAGGUCCUCAAAGAAGAGGAGAAAGAGUUUCAGAACCUGAAGGACCCCACCAAUGGCUACUACAGCGUCAACACCUUCAAAGAGCACCACUCAACCCCGACCAUCUCCCUCUCCAGCUGCCAGCCCGACCUGCGUCCUGCGGGCAAGCAGCGUGUGCCCACAGGCAUGUCCUUCACCAACAUCUACAGCACCCUGAGCGGCCAGGGCCGCCUCUACGACUACGGGCAGCGGUUUGUGCUGGGCAUGGGUAGCUCAUCCAUCGAGCUUUGUGAGCGGGAGUUCCAGAGAGGCUCCCUCAGCGACAGCAGCUCCUUCCUGGACACGCAGUGUGACAGCAGCGUCAGCAGCAGCGGCAAGCAGGAUGGCUACGUGCAGUUCGACAAGGCCAGCAAGGCUUCUGCCUCCUCUUCCCACCACUCCCAGUCCUCGUCCCAGAACUCUGACCCCAGUCGACCCCUGCAGCGGCGGAUGCAGACUCACGUCUAAGGAUCACACACCGCGGGUGGGGACGGGCCAGGGAAGAGGUCGGGGCACGUUCCGGUUGUCCAGGGAGGAGGGGUACUUUGCAGAGGACCCCAGAAUUGGCCACCUCCAGGACAGCCUCCCAGCGCCUCUGCCACCGCCUUCCUUCGAAGCUCUGAUCAAGCACAAAUCUGGGUCCCCAGGUGCUGUGUGCCGGAGGCGGGCGGGUGGGGAGACAGACAGAGGCUGUGGCUGAGUGCGCUGUGCUUCGUGCUGGACACCCAUGUCCCCGGCCCUUUCCUGGAGGCCCCUCUACCACCUGCUCUGCCCACAGGCACAAGUGGCAGCUAUAACUCUGCUUUCAUGAAACUGCGGUCCACUCUCCGGCUCUCCGUGGGCUCUACCCCUCGCUGACCACAAGCUCUACCUACCCCUGUGCCUGUGCUCCCAUACAGCCCUGGGGAGAAGGGGAUGAUGUCUUCCCAGCACUGAGCUGCCCCAGAAACCCCGGCUCUCCACUGCUGCUCAUAGCCCAUACCCUCGAGGCUGACAAGCCAGAAAUAGCCUUGGCUAAAGGAGCCUCUCUCUCACCAGGCUGGCCGGGAGCCCACCCCCAAUUUGUUUGGUGUUUUGUGUCCAUACUCUUGCAGUUCCGUCCUUGGACUUGAUGCCUCUGAACUCUGCGGUGGGACCGGCCCCGUCAGAGCCUGGUGUACUGGGGGGAGGGAGGGAGGAGGGAGCCUGUGCUGACGGAGCACCUCGCAGGGUGUGCCCCUCCUGGGCUGUGUGACCCCAGCCUCCCCACCCACCUCCUGCUUUGUGUACUCCUCCCCUCCCCCUCAGCACAAUCGGAGUUAAUAUAAGAAGUGCGGGAGCUUCUCUGGUCAGGGUUCUCUGAACACUUAUGGAGAGAGUGCUUCCUGGGAAGUGUGGCGUUUGAAGGGGCUGGAGGGAAGGUCUUUAAGAUGGCGAGACUGCCCUUCUCAGCUGAUAAACACAAGAACGGCGAUCCUGUCUUCAGUAAGGCUCCAUGAGAAGAGAGGAAGUAUAUCUACACCUCACCCCUCCUAGUCACCACCUGAAAUAAAUGUUAGGGACACUA